AACCAAAGCCAAUACAAACCUCUCCCUCUCUCUCUCUCUCUCUCUCUCUCUCUCUCUCUCUCUCCUCUUCGUCUCUGCUCCUCGUUCUCCAUCCCACUGCUACCCUGGACCUCGCUCAAACCCUAGCUCGCUCCCAAAUGAAAAUGGCAUUGUGGGCUGAUAGCCGUAUCUUGCCAUCAGCUACCACAUCUAACCUUCAGAUUGGCUCGAGACUCUCCCGCCGUUGCCGGGGUUUCAGUGAUGGUGAGCUCAUGGGAACAAGGAUUGAUUCUUGGAAACCCUGCGCUAGAGUUGGGGGCCAUUCAUCAACACCUUCCAGGAAACGAGGAUUGAUCCGCAUGGUGGUCGCCACGGAACUCGUGGGAGAGUUGAGGAACUUGGAAAUGGAAAGAAGAGAUCCGAGGACGGUGGUGGCGGUGAUUCUUGGUGGGGGAGCGGGAACCCGGCUCUUUCCUCUCACCAAGCAGAGGGCUAAACCCGCUGUGCCGAUAGGAGGUGCAUAUAGGUUGAUUGAUGUGCCGAUGAGCAACUGCAUAAACAGUGGAAUCAAUAAAGUUUAUAUUCUCACUCAGUUCAACUCUGCUUCGCUGAAUAGACAUCUUGCACGAGCUUAUAACUUUGGAAAUGGUGUGAACUUUGGAGAUGGCUUUGUCGAGGUAUUGGCUGCCACUCAGACACCUGGCGAAGCAGGGAAGAGAUGGUUCCAAGGUACUGCAGAUGCUGUUCGACAAUUUCAUUGGUUAUUUGAGGAUGCCAGAAGUAAGGCUAUUGAGGAUGUAUUGAUUCUCUCUGGGGAUCAUCUUUAUCGAAUGGAUUAUAUGGAUUUCAUUCAGAGUCACCGGCAAAGUGGUGCUGACAUUACCAUUGCAUGUCUGCCAAUGGAUGACAGUCGUGCAUCUGAUUUUGGGUUAAUGAAGAUAGACAAUAAAGGUAAAGUCAUUUCCUUCAGCGAAAAGCCUAAAGGAGCCGAUUUGAAGGCUAUGGAAGUGGAUACUACUGUAUUGGGGUUGUCAAGAGAAGAGGCAGAGAAAAAACCUUACAUUGCUUCAAUGGGAGUUUAUGUAUUUAAGAAGGAAAAACUUUUGAAUCUUUUAAGAUGGCGCUUUCCUACUGCAAAUGACUUCGGAUCUGAAAUAAUCCCUGCCUCUGCAAGAGAAUCUUUCAUCAAGGCAUACCUUUUCAAUGACUAUUGGGAGGAUAUUGGGACUAUUAAGUCAUUCUUUGAAGCGAAUCUUGCACUAACCGCUCAUCCACCAAGUUUCAGCUUCUAUGAUGCAACAAAGCCAAUGUAUACAUCUAGAAGAAACUUGCCCCCAACAAAGGUUGACAACACCAAGAUUGUUGAUUCCAUUGUUUCCCAUGGGAGCUUCUUGUACAACUCCUUUAUAGAGCAUAGUGUCGUUGGGAUUCGAUCAAGAAUAAACUCCAAUGUGCAUCUAAAGGACACUGUUAUGCUUGGUGCCGAUUACUAUGAAACAGACGAUGAAAUUGCAACUUUGCUCGCCGAGGGAAGGGUCCCUAUUGGAAUAGGAGAGAACACAAAACUAAAGAAUUGUAUCAUAGACAAGAAUGCAAGGAUUGGGAAGAACGUCACAAUUGCAAAUACUGAAGGGGUACAAGAGGCUGACAGACCAUCUGAAGGCUUCUACAUACGCUCUGGUAUCACCAUCAUCCUGAAGAACUCGACGGUUAAUGAUGGGCUUGUAAUUUGAAGAACUUGCUCUUCAUUGCUAAUAAACUAAUGUUGGUGGGAAACCAAGAUUGAGAUAUGUUGCAGAGUGAAUCAUUGAAAAAACAUGCAUUUUUCAUCAUAAUCGUUCUUGUAUAUCACAUAAUGCAAUUUAUCUUGUGUACUUGUUAUUUUGCCAAGA